UUUAUAGAUUACUAUUGUCCAAACAUAAAUAUAUGGCUAAAAUUUUAUGGAAAUGACUGUUAACUUAGUUGUCUGGCCGGUCUUUUCUUCCGAACUAGUUCAUUCCGGAUUAUACGAGAAGGUUUCUCUGGAUUUAGCAUUGCUCAUAUCCCCAUGGCUAGGAAUCUGGUGAAUGACAUCAGUUAUUUAUCAUUGCUCAUUGCUAGGUUUUCUCCGAAUUAAUUCAUUAAAUUUUCAUUUUCUUAAACCAGUUAAAAAUACAGGUGAAUGACAUCAGUUAUUUGGGUUUCUAAAUAGGUUCUCAAAGGAUCUGGUGAAUGAUUGUUGUGAAAUUUCACCGGCGUAUCCAAAUUUGAGUAAAAUACCUUUGCUAGAUGCAACAUGAUUAUUAGCUUUCUGAUAGGGAGAUCUUUGAAUUUGUUUUUGAGAAAUUUGGUUAUUGGUUCCUAUAACUGGUGAAUAAUGAAAUUCUUUGGCUAUAUCCAGAGAAAUCCAUCUAGGAUAGAUUUUCAACUUCAUCAUAAGCCUAAUAUGAGAGGGAUCUAUUUUGCUUGCAAAUCUUAUCAAAGAAAUGGAACAUUUUACACCUUAGUAUCUUGUCUAAUUAGAUCAUGCAUAUAUACUAACUCGUGUAAGAAAAUAAGUAUAGUGCACACUCUUCAAUCGAUGGUAUUUUUUGUCGUAGUGUAUGUAACUUUAGGAACAUUAAUUUAUCAUAGUUGAGAGGUAAGAAUGUUUAAGGUUUUGCGAAACUUUAAAAUGUUUUAGAUGUUCCUAUCCAUGUGUGUAUCACAAAGGUUGUAACGAAGAACGUAGAGACUAAUUGGAGGAAACAUCAUUACACUAGUAAAAAAUAUUGCCAUGUUAAAUCGUUAAAAGCUAAAAACAAGGGAUAGAAAAACUCUAGAACUACAAUGAAUAACUCUACCAUGAAUGAGUGAAGUCAUGUAAAGCAAUAUGCCAGUCAUGUAAAAGCUAUUCGAAUAAGAGACAAGUCCAAUGAGAUUAUGAAGAAGGAAAAAUGAUAUCGAUGACUGUGCUUACAUUCAUUUAUAGAAAAUCUGAUUUUCUAUAACUGUCGAAAAUCGACCAUGGUCAUUCUGCAGCAACAAAAAAAUUGCUUCAUAAGAAAUCGUAGAUGAAUAACAACCAAAGAGCUUAAGUAAUUCCAUGUAGUGAUUAUGUCCUUACUGAACCAUAAAACUUUAAAACAAAUAAAAGUAUACUAUUAGCCAGCUAUUAUAAUUUAGUAUAAAUAUUAAUGUCCUUGCUUAUGCAAGGGUGAAUCACCUAAUUAUGUAUAUGGGGGAAAAAAUGUAAUUAGCAUAGAGACAAAACACAACAGUUGAUGUUACCUCCAACUUUCCCCUACUAAUAUUGAUAUACAAUAAACAUAUAAUUUUCAUGGCUGAUACAACGUGUAUACAUGUGCUUGUUUGAAUAUGAGGAUUCUGCUCAGUGAACGUUCCAUAAACUACUAAAUUAAGAUGAAAAAUUAAAUAUCCCAGCAUCUGAAAAAACUUCACGUGAUCAGAUCUCAAAAAGUCUCACGAACAAUACAAAGCAAACAACCUUUACAACUUGUCUUUCUCUUUAAUUAUAUAAAACGUCUCUACUCAAAAAUUCCUCAUAAAAAAUUGACCAAAAAUAGAAAUUACCAAUGAAGAGAUUACAUCCAUCAAGAUCGGUCUCAGUAGCUCUGCUUCUGAUUUUGCUAGCUUUCUUUAGCAGCAAGUUUCACACAGAAGGACACAUAGAUUUGCGGAUAAGCAUGGAGAAAUCUAUUGGAGGUAGCUUACGAAGAAUCCCAAGAAGUCGAUACAGUCCUAUACAGAACAAGAGAGAUCCAAGUAGGAAACAGAAGAUCACUUCAAGAGAACCAUAGAUCUCUCUCUCUCACUCUCUCUCUUUUAAGUUAGAUCUUCUGAGGUUUUUUGUUUGUUUGGGUUGCAGAAUAGUAUGCAUACACUUGUUUGUGAAUGCCGCAGUGUAGAGUUUGAUACAUUUACUGUUUUAACUAGUUUACUCUGCCACUGUUUUUGAGUCAGGACUCAUUGUUUAAUGUUUAGACCUCUAUAAGUAGUGUUUACUGGGAUUUGUAGAUUCUGAAACAUCUUCGAGUUUCUAUUUAUUUACUUGAAUUCAAUAUGGAUUUUUAAAUAUCCAUGGUAUAUUUCUUUUUCCUUUUAUUUUAGAAAAUUUCAAGGAUUUGAAUGUUUAUUG